AUGAUUACAGAUUCUGAAGCUCCAACCUACAAUUUUAACAGUGAUGAUGAAGCUCCUUGUGAAUAUCUGAAUGAUAUUUAUUCAAUUAGUGAAGACACCUUUUCGUUUAAAAUUAUAAAACAGUUGGGGGAGGGAUAUUACAGUCCUGGAAAUGGACAUAAAGUAAAAAUAAUAUAUUACGAACUAGGUUCCGAGGACAAAGUUACGAAUGUCGGUGUGUAUCUAGGAAAGAAUGAUAAGUUGCCUUAUAUCGUCGAAAUUGCCGUCAAAUGUAUGAAGAAAAACGAGGUUUGUAUCAUUCAGGCUCCUAAGUUAUUUACAAAAAUAUUUAAUAACUCUGAAAGGAAGCACAAGUAUGAUAAAAAAGAAAACUUCAGAACAGAGUUUAAAAAGGGUCUAAGGUUUAAACAGAAAUGUGUCGAAAAAUAUUUAAGCUAUUCCAUAGCUACAUAUUUGAAAAGAAUAAAAUUAAGUUCAAAUGACAUAAAAUUGUUAGUUCGAAAAAGAAAAUUAAAAAGAGAUAACCCAGAUAGAAGCAUAAAUAAGGAACAGAAAAGUUCACCAAAUGAAGAAUUAAGUGGAAAAGACCUACAUAAAUGUAAAGAAACUUUGACAUUAGAAGAUAUUAACAAUGUUCGGUAUAAAUUAUUAAAAGAGGAUGAGCUGAGUACAUACGUUGUUUACUUAAAAGAGUUUAACAGAGUUGAUGUACUAAAUGAUGAUAAAACAAUUAUAAAAGAAGUUAUUAGAGAAGGAAAAGGAAUUGUCACACCCAAAAAAAAUGAUUACAUUGAUUUUUUUAUACAAGAUGGAGAGAAAAAUGAAUAUAUUCACACAACUUUAGAGGUGCAUAAUUUAAAAUAUAGAGGACUCUUCAAAAUUUUGCAGAGUAUGAAAAAAAAAGAAAUGUCCAAAAUUGUUCUUAAAGGCUUGGAAUGUCUUCAUAUAUACAAUUCAACAGAAAAUAUUGACACAAAAGAUAACAAAAAGACUCAAGAAAAAUAUUCAGACGAUAUUCAUAAAAAUCAAAAUAAUUUUUGUCAAGAUAAUAACAAAGGGAACAUCAUUAACAUCGAGGCGAAGACAUCACGUUUUGAAACAAAUCAUCAAAUAAAAAAAAAUAAAGAUAAUGCAAAAAAGGAAAACUACGUAGAUAUCCGCGUUGCUAAUAAACUGUUCAAGCAAAAGCGAGAAAUAAUUAUAGAGCUGGUUGACUUUAAAAAGUCCAAAGUGGUUAAUAUAUCUUCAAUAAUGAACAUAAACUACAAAGAAAAGUUACUUUUUUACAUGUCUGAAAAUGAUAAAAAUAAAAAUAUAAACAAACCAAUCAUUGAUACAGAUUGCGAAUUGAUAAUUCAUUUAAGCAUAAAAUAUGACAUGAACAAAACAAAAAACAAAAAUAUAUAUUUGCCAAUUCACUUUUGGGAUAAUAAUGAUAAUAUUAAAAAAAGAAAAGCGUACUUUCUUUUUUCAUAUGGAUCGUCUUUCACUACACCACUUUGGUUUUAUGAAUGUUUCAAAGGGUUAAAGGAGGGGGAAGAAGUAAUCAUUCCUUUGACAAAAAACGAAAAUAUUUUUUCGGAAAAUUACUUUGUUCACCACUUACUUUUUCAACCAAAGGAUGAAAGAGAAAAAACUAGAAACGAAAAAAAGGGAAUACAACAAACGGUUCUUCAACCCUGCACAGGAGGAGAAAUGCAAAGUUUUCAAGUCUAUAAACAAGAAGUUGAAUAUAAUGUGGAAAAAAACAGUGCCAUAAACAAAGAGAAGAUAUGUAACAAAAAAAAAAUCCUAAAAAAUGCCCCAAAAAAUGACAAGAAUAAAAUUAAGAAAAGAAAAAAUUCGGAGGUGAAAAUUCCGAAAAUAAAUAAUCAAUACAAAUUUAUCCAGUUCCUCAUUUCCAAUAGAAACAUAGGAAAAGGAUUCUUUUUGAUAAAUGAUUUGAAGAAAGACGAAGUAGAUCGAUUUUGCGAAAGUUUUUUUUCAUUACAAAGAUCCUUUAUUGAUAAUGUUAGUGAUAAGAACGAAUUACGGCAACUGCUAUUACAUGGUAGUUCUUUCCAAAGAAUUAAAAAAAAAAAAUUUUGCAAAAAAAUUGUUAACAUUCAAAAAAAGAAUAAGGUCAUCAAAAUGAAGAAACAGAUAGACAAAUAUUACAAUGAAGGAAAACCUCAUCAUAACUGUUGUGUCAGACAGGCGAGAGAAAAAAGUGAUGAUUUUUCGUUUUUUAAAAAUUCCCUAAAAAGUGUAUACUUUGAUAAAUCUUUUUACGAAAAAGAUGCAAUUCUGAAAAUAAAAAUUGUUAAACUUAUUUGUAAAAAGAAAGAUCCUUGGAACAUGAACAUGUCAGAACAAGUUGAAUAUUUAAAAAUUUAUAACGAAAUGGGAAACACAUUUAUGAAACGAAAUUUGCAUUAUGCAGCCUCACUUCAUUACAUAAAAGGCUUCAACAUAUUUCGAUUUUCAAAAAUUUAUAAUUUAAUCUUUGAAGAAAAGAAGUUAAAUCUGUCAAAUUUUGGAAAUGAUGACACGACCAAGGAGCUCAUAAUAUAUAUGGAAAAGAUACUAACAAAUUUGGCAAUAUCUUUAUACAAACUAAGUAAUUACAAUGAAUGCGUUAAAUAUGCAGAAAGGGCUGUUACUAUAAAUCCACAAAAUGUAAAAUCAAUAUAUUGGAAACAUAUGGCUUAUUUGCAGCAAAAUAAAUAUCACGAAAUCAUACAAAAUUUGAAUAAUUCCUUCUGCCUCCAAAAUUCAACGCUGUUAAAAUUGUACAACACCGCAAGGUUAAUAAAGAAAAAACAGGACACCGACUUUAAUUCACUUUUUUAUGCAAUGUAUGAACAGAAAUGA